AUCUAAGGCCUUUGCAUCUUUUUUCCCGCGCUUUAAAUCCCACUUUUUUCAUUGUUUUCAAUCCCACCACCACCGUCUAUGUCUUCAAUCUUGUACUAAAAAUAAUAUGUCUUCUUUGUUGCUUUCCUAACAUAUCACAUUCACUUUCUUUCCCCCAAAUUUACUCUCUUUUUUGUUUUUUCUUUUAAGGUUACAAUAACCCAAAAUCUUUUGUUAUCAUUUUCAUGCUCUCAACUCUAAUUCCUUCUGAUUUCGUCUCUCAUAAAUGGAAACAAUCAAACCCAAAUCAGCUUUAACAAACAGCAACAACAAGAGCAGGCUAGCAAGGACUUUCCAAAAAGUCAUCAACCUAAGAACCGCCACGAAAAUCGCUUCCAGCAAUGGGGUUGGGAUCUGUGUUCUCGCAUCCCAACGCAAAUUGCCGCACCAUGGUUCAACUCCAGACCGGAAAACUUCUUCCCAUGCACCAAACAACUCCAUGGUUAAGCAAAAAGCGGUAUUGGAAGCGCUGCUUGCUAAGGUUUUCGCCAGUGUUACUUCCAUCAAAGCCGCUUAUGCCGAGCUGCAACUGGCUCAGCAUCCUUACAACAGUGACGCUAUUCAGGCUUCGGACCAAGCUGUCGUGGAAGAGCUCCGAGCACUUUCGGAGGUGAAGCGCAAGUUUUUGAAGAAAGAGCUUGAUCUUUCACCUCAGGUUACUUUAAUGCUCGCUGAGAUUCAAGAACAGCAAAGCUUGAUGCGAACUUACGGAAUCACGAUCAAGAAGCUGGAGUCCGAUGUGGAGGAAAAAGGUUCGGACAUUGCUUUACUUCGUAAGCAGCUUGAAGAAUGCACGACCUUUAACAAGUCCUUGGAAAAGAAACUAAACGCCAGCGGGCCUUUGUCCAUGUUCGAUGAUUUCCAGUUCACGAAGUUGAAUCCAAGUCAUUUCGUGCAAGUUCUACACUUUUGUUUGAGAUCUGCUCGCAGUUUUGUGAAGGUGAUGGUCAAGGAAAUGGAGUCGGCAAAAUGGGAUCUUGAUGCAGCUGCUAAAACCAUUGAACCUGGAGCUGUUUUUGCAAGAGAAAGCCAUAAGUGCUUUGCAUUUGAAUCCUUUGUGUGUAGAACAAUGUUGGAAGGUUUCGACUCCCCUGAUUUUGGGGUCGCAAAAGAGUCUGACUCAAAAAGACUUGACCCCGAGCAGCAUUUCAACACAUUCAAGACCCUGAAAUCUGCACACCCUAAAUCGUUUUUAGCUCAAAACCCAAGCUCUUCUUUAGCUAGAUUCACCAGAACCAAGUACCUCAACCUUGUCCAUGCUAAAAUGGAGUGUUCCUUUUUCGGGAACUUGAACCAAAGGAAGCUAGUUACCUCCGGUGGGUUCCCGGAUACAGCUUUUUUCACAGCUUUUGCAGAGAUGUCUAGGCGGUUUUGGCUCUUGCAUUGCUUGGGAUUUUCAAUGCAUGAACAAGUUUCGAUCUUUCAGGUAAAGAAAGACUGUAGCUUCUCGGAGAUUUACAUGGAAAAUGUGACUGAAGAAUCACUUUUAUCGGGCGAAAUCAACGAUGGCAAUGUUGACGUUAGGGUCAGUUUCACGGUGGUUCCAGGGUUUAAGAUUGGUGCAACUGUGAUACAAAGUCAAGUUUAUUUGUCUCCGGUGAUUACUCCUCCGGUCAGUCGUUGAUUUUCCUUUUUCUUUCUUUUUGGAUAAUUCAUGUAUAGUAGUACUUCAUUUAAUAGAUGAAACGUGUUAAGCCAUCCGCGCUCGUUUUUGGUUGCACGCGCCGCUAGGUGAGUGCUAUUUGCAAGCGUGUGUUUGAAGGGUUUUAAGUUUAGUUUCCACUUCCACUUUAGAACUUAGAAGUGCACUUAUCUCCCAUGUUAUGGGAAGAAAGCGGAGCGUGGGGUGGCGCGUCAGUCCUGGCCUGUGGAGUAGUAGUCAUCUCGACCCAUACCCCAAACUACACAAGGAGCAAGAGGAGGUGUAGUUUAGGUUAUGGGAGAGAGCAAGGUCUUCUUUAAAAAAAAAGCUUUAGUUUUAUGAUAGAGAAAGAAAACAUGUUAUGGAGAAAAAAAGCUGUAUGUCAAUAUAAUAUAAUUGUAGAAGUGUAAUAUGCCCAAAAAAUCAAAGGCAAGAAUUGCAAGUUGCACCGGAUGAAUAUUUUUAAAGCUAUGAUUAGCUUUGCGGUAAUGCAUGAACAAUCUUGUGUUUUUCCCCCUUUUUUGAA